AUGGCUUCCCAGAAUAUUUCCAGCAUUGCCAUGGCUCUUGCUGGCAAGACUGCCUCAGUUGAUAUCCCUCAGCGCCGUUCGGGCCUGAGUGGUGGCCAUAUGCCCCCGCGACCCGGACAACCAGCGAUGCUGCCCACGCCACCCAACUCUAUUUCGCCCAACCUCCCUCCUCAGACCUUCAAGCAACGCGUCGCUCUGUCGCCAGGCUCGCCACUGUCGACAGUCCCCCAGUUGGACUCCGAUAUCGAUCUCCAGGACGCGGUGGAUCAUGCGAACAGUCAUAACACCCCCCAGCCUGCCGACAGCCUCGACAGCACGGGCGCGAUCACCCCUGCCAUGCUCGCCAAGCACCAUCUCCCCGAGAUCUUGCUCCAGCAGGGCCCGCUGGCCAUUCGCCAUGUCAUGGCUCAUCUGACCACGUCGGUCCCUGGCUUUUCGCGCAUCCCCCCGGCUAAGGCGCGCAGACUGGUUGUUGCGGCGUUGGAAGGCCGCGGGAAUGGAGGAGAGACAGGAGGCGACGUGGUGUUUGAGAAGAUCGGUUGGGGUCGCUGGGACGCGCGCCGUCGCGGUGAGCCUGCCCAGGAUCGUGAUUUGAACGCGUCGGCGUCGCCUCCUUCCAGUAUCGCGGGCUCGUUCCAGCAGCGCGGCCUGCAGAUCCAGGGUCAGUCGGGUUGGCAGGGUGGCAGCCGUCAUCCUUAUCGUAUGAGCUUCGCCGAAUCCACCGCCUUCUCGUACACCGAUGAUUACGGUAUGCACGGAGACCUCGACAUGUUGGAGCACGAGGCCGACAAGAUGUCUCUCGAUGGCGAUGAUGGCGAGUACUGCUCUUCCUCGGAGGCUCCUGAUGAGAUUCAGGAAAACGAAUGGGAUGAAGGCGAUGCCACUGAUGAAGAGGACUGGGCGCAGAUUGGCGCGGAUGCGUUGCGCGCCCGCUCCAUGAACAACAACGGCAGUUUCAUCGACGGUCACGUCACUGCUCGAGCGAAGCCUCAGCCUUCGGGUAUUUUCCCCGCCACUUGCCCAACUCCUGCCGUCAAAUUCGCACCUCGCAUCUUCGACACCCAGGAACGCACUGCUGUGGAGGCGCUCCUCCGCCUGGGUUCCUCAUAA